AUGACCACUCCAGACAUUAUAACUUACAUCCGAUCACUGGAGGCUGUUAGGGAUAAAGCCAACUUGGUAUAUCAGCUUGGAAAACAAGGUAAACUCGAUCAUUGGGAAUUUGAUGAAUCCAAAUUAGAAGUUGUAGUUGAGUAUUGCGCUAAGAUCAUCGAAAGAGACUUCGGUGCAGAUUAUGCCAAAAUUCCUCCUCAUUGUCGUCGGAAUCAUUUUAUAACACCUUCAAUUGAUCGAAUUUCCCUUCUUCUUUCGAAAUCCGAUUUUCCACCUUCCGCACAACCUCUGGAAAGAGCAAGUGCAUUGAUUGAUCUAUAUUUGGUUUCGGUAUUACUUGAUGCGGGAGCAGGACCAGAUUGGACUUACACUGAAACCGAUGAAAACGAUAAAGUAACUUGGAAAGGUGGUAGAAGUGAAGGUUUGGCAAUCGCUUCUUAUCAUAUGUUUAUCAAUGGUCUAUUCUCAAGUGAUGGAAUGAAUAAAUAUCAAGUUGAUGUCAAUGGAUUACAAAAUCUUACUCCUGACAUAUUGGCAGAACAUCUUCAAGUAUCAGAAUCAAAUCCUAUGGCAGGCUUAGAAGGAAGAUGCAAUUUACUCAUCAAACUCGGUGAUGCACUGGAGAAAAGACCUGAUAUCUGCAAGGAUGGUAGACCAGGUGAUAUCCUAGACUACUUUUCCACCAAAAUCAGUAAUUCAACCUUGCCACUUUCCGAUUUCUGGUCAACAUUAUUCUCCCUUCUUCUUCCCAUUUGGCCAUCAAGGACUACACUCCCUUCAUACCCUAAAGAACCACUUGGUGAUGUAUGGCCUUGUGUCUCACUUUCCAAAUCUUUGGACGAAUCUCACGAAAAAAGAGUGCAAGGUGAUGAUUUCGUCGUAUUUCAUAAAUUGACUCAAUGGCUGUGCUAUUCUUUGGUCGAAGCUAUCGAAUCUCAAGCUGGAUGGAAGGUUGAUAGAGGAAAAGGUCAAACUGGAUUACCUGAGUAUCGAAAUGGUGGACUCUUAGUCGAUUUAGGUGUUUUGACUAUCAAAUCAUCAUCUCUUGGAGACAACGCUUAUCCAAAUGGAAACAAUAAGCCUCCAGUCUUAGAGCCUUCCCAUCCUGCCGUCAUUGAAUGGAGAGCAAUGACUGUGAUAUCCCUUGAUAAGAUUCACGAGCUCAUUUGUGCCGAGUUGAACGUCACAUCUGACGUGCUCGGAUUGGCACAAGUGCUAGAAGCUGCCACUUGGAAAGGAGGUAGAGAAAUCGCUAAAGAGAAAAGAGAAGGUGGUGGGCCUCCCGUCGAGAUCAUCAGUGAUGGCACUGUGUUUUAG